AUGCAACCUUCAAACGAGCAAACACCAGAGCGAUCGAAUGUUUGUUUCCAGAUCUCCUCGCAUCCACGACCGAUAUUGCCUGCCAUGCCGAAAUCUCAAACGAAGAAACUGCCUCCCGCCAAGGGCCUUGAUGCUUCAAAGUCAAACGUAAAAGUAGGAGCACCAGCCCCGUACGAGUUUAGCGGCCGUGACUCAAUCAACAUCAGCUCGUUCGACCUUGCGCAAGUUCAGGAAUCACUGGAGCACUCCGAUGUGCCUUCGAUGCGACCGCAGCUGAAGUCGCCCAGACGUUGUUCCCGUGAACUGAACCACCCCAUGCACUGGCAGCUCCAGCAGCAUGAAUUCUUGAUCUGGCGCCACAAGGCUUUACGGUCAUCUGGUAAGACCGCGCGGAACUCUUCUCAAUGUCAACUAACACCUCCAGUAUCUCCUCACCCCUCCACCUUGCCUGCCCUCGAACCAACUUCGAAAGCUCCUGAAACUCUCCCGCUCGAUGAAUCAACCAGCAAUUUACAUCCCCCUUCUCCCGGCGAAAGCUCGACGGCAUCUACGAAACCCCCGCUCCCGAAAAUCCGUGUAUCUCCUCCCGACGAAACUUCCAAAACCCCACGUCAACCGCACCCUUCGAUCGAGAACCCCGCCUAUCCGUGGGAAGAAGAAGAGCUUCGAGCUCUGGAGGAGCUGCGAAAUGAACAACGGCGCUUGCAUGAAGAAACCCUCGAUGCGAUGAGGGAAAUGGCCUACUGGUCUUUCAGAGCGCAACGUGCUGCAAAUCGAGUCAAGAAAACAAUGUAUGAACUUGGGAGCUACAUGGGUGAAAUUCGGUCUGAGCAGGAGGAAGGUCAAGGCCAUCAUGGGAAUAAAUGUAAUGUCGCGCCUCCAUCUGCGACGAAUAUAAUCCAGUUAAUCGUAAUUAUCCCUUAUGCGACUAGAAUUCUACCUGGUGAAGUUCUAUUUGACUGCAAGGCUAGGAACAUCGUGCUCUGUGGCUACGGAGUAUGA